AUGGUUGCCCAUAGCCUGCCCUCUCCUCCUGCGGAGGAUAACAAAUCAUCCACUUCCACAUCACCUUCCACACUAUCAAGAAAAGCCAGUGGCUCAAGUACAAAGGCUAUCAAGGCCAACCACCGAACGUCUAAGCGUGCCGGAUCCAAUGCGGCUUCUCUGCACCACCACGAGCAAGUUACACACGGCAUGGAUGGAAGACAUAAGCGCGUCUGGAAGGCCUGUGAGAGAUGUCGAAUGAAGAAGACAAAGUGCGACGGUGAAUUCCCUUGUAAGAGAUGUAAGGAUGACGGCCUUGUCUGCACGGCUGGCGUUCGCAAGAAGAUGGAGUACAAGCAGUUGCCUCGAGGAUACGCAGAGGUUCUCGAAAACACCCAGUUUGCCCUCAUCUCCACCGUCCACAAGCUUUACCAGAUGGUCAGGACCAACCAGCAGUGGGACCUUGGCGAGCCCGAGCUCAACGACCGUGGCCAGCCCGUGAUCCACAACAUUGCCCAGAAGCUGGGCUGCAUCCGACCCAACAGCGACAUCGACCUGCCCGUCCACUCCGUCUUCCCCGAGAACGAGCGUGACCUGAAGGAGCUGGCCCAGCAGCUGCACGACCACCACAACAGCACCGAUGCGCAGAACAAGGACCGCGACGUCGAGAUGGAGCGCGAGUCUCCCAUGCCUUAUAGACGCACCGACCGCGCCUCCUCCUCGGAGCUGGACCACUCCGAUAUCGAGAUCGACUACCGACGAGCCGCCUUUGGCAGCCACAACCACCCGGUCACCAUGUCGCCUCAAAGCUACGCGGGCAGCACCGAAUUCGAGUUUAGCCAGUCCGGCCAGCCAGACCUCGACGCCACCGCUUCGCUCUUCGCCUCGCAGUCCCCCUCGAUGAACGUGUUCCCCGACUGGGCCAUGAAGACGUCCAACGACAUGGCGGCGAUGCAGUUCUUCCAGCAGAGCGCGAUGCAGGACCUCGGCGGCAUGGGACCUACCUUGAUGGAGGGCGGCUACGAGACGAUCAAGCCUCAGAUUCUUUCAAAUUCCAAUCACGGCGUCAUGAUGGGCAUCAACGACCCGACUUUGUAUAACGGCUACGAUAUCGACCUGGUCCCGAUAUAA